CUGACAGGCGGCUAACUAAAUUUCUUCCGGUCAAGUCAGACUCCCUUCCGCGCGCUGUCAUGACAUAACUGCGGUCGUGACAGCCACAGUUGUACUUGUACAAAACUACUCCUCUCAACCGAGACAGAAAAGCGAUCUGGAUUUUGCAUGUUUGGGCUACCCAAGGGAGAAGGCUAUCGUUUCUACCCACAUCUAUAUUUAACAUUCGAGCAGAAAGACGUGCUUGUGACAUAAUACCUUUGCUUUUCCUAAUGCGCUCAGCCCCCACAGCUACCCAUACACAGUGCCGCACACCCCACCACCACAUCGUUGCAUCUGGCCUUGCCCUUCGGCAUCUGGAGAGCUCGUGGCUUUCUAGGGUGCGAAGAUUGGGCCAAAGCGAGCCAUGCUUUCUUCCAAUUCGCUGUUCGUAGCCCGCGAAUGCGGUCAGCUCCUACGCUUACCUACUGCGGGCAAUCUACUGCUUGCUUACCCGCAUGACUGCUUGGCUCACCACAACAGUGUGUGGUGUUGUUGUUCGAUCGACCGGGCAGCUAUAUGCCAGCUCCCCGGCACCGUGGCUGCGACAGACGUCAACCAUCGUUACGUCCCACCUCUCAGCCUUCUCUCCAUAAGACUUCAGUGUGUCCUCGCCGGUUUCCCUACCGAUUAGCCAGCUUUCACAUCAACCGCUCGUGCUAGUUCGACCAAAGAUUCGUGGCUCACUCAGCGCAAUGACCUGCUAAACAGCUCAAGAUACUCUGGAUAACCCACAGUACAGCCUCGAUGCUGAUACACGCUCUCUGCGCUUUAAUAGCGCCAGCUCUUGCAUCAGCAGCAGCUUUCCCUUGGGCAUUACCGGGGCCCACACUUGCAAUUCCAGCUGUGGAUGGUUGGAGUCCGGCACCGACAGCAGCUCCGAAGGUUGGUGGGCUUGAGCUCUUCCGGCGAGGAGAGGGAGACACUGUGUGCGGAUUUGUCGCUGGUAUUUCCAGUGAGUCGAGCUCUUGUUCCAGAUCUAAUACGGAAUUGCAUACUAAUAGAUUGACAGCAUCGUCUCUGACAUGCCCACCGGGUAAAAGCUCGAUAUGCGCCACAAACACAUACUAUGGGGUACACGGCUGCUGUGACCCUAACAAUGUAGGCGGAUGCGACAUACCCACAACAUGUAUACCUAGCAGCCUGAUGUCGGCCAGCUGCUCCGAUGCCAAAUGCUUAAGCAAUGUCUCGAUCAAGAAAUGUACGGCUACUGAAGCUCCUGAAUGCUUUGUGUGGAAUUAUGCCUACUCCACCGCAAGAACGACGACAAUGACUGAGUGGGGUUGUGCUGCCAAGCAAGGAACCGUGAUUGUUGAACGAACUUGGAGUGGUUUUAGUACUCCCACCAAAAGUUCCAGUUCUACACGCUCGUCCAGUUCCUCAACAUCCAGCUCUACGGCGCCAUCACCGACAACCCUUGAACAGACCCAGGCCCCGUCCAAGCCCAACAAUACAGCAGCCAUUGUAGGAGGAACGAUUGGCGGACUUGUCGUCGUCGGCGCCGUGGCCUCCUUCAUCAUCUGGCUUCUCAUCCGCGACCGGCGUCUCAAGCGCGAAGCUGGACACCAAAGUUGGGUCUCCGGAACCACCGCCGCCAACAAUAACAACAACCCCGACGCCAUCACCGAAUACAAUCCGCACGGCUUCACCCCGGUCAAUGCAUGGGAGGCAGACGAUAACAAGCCAUGGGCCGGCAGUCCGACGGCCGUACACGUCGUGGGGAGUCCUAUGAGCGAGUACGACGGGCACGGAAACGGCCAUGCUCCCAUCUUCAAUGUCGCCGAGGCACAGGGUCAGGCUGUACACGAAGCACCGGCUUGA